UAUAUAUAUUUGGUAGUGUACACGAAUAAAAAAAACGUGGUAAAACGUGUGCCCGACAAAUAUGACAUGUUUUUAUUCUAAAUUUCAUCCGAAGCAACAACAACAACAACAACGAUUUCAAAUGGCUUUCAAUCAAUUUAUGCAUCCUCGUAAUAUUUACCGCCAAAAACCUGUUUAUGAACAAUUGGCUCGUGAAUAUUCUGAUUUUGCUAAUCAUGUUUAUCGUGAUGAAAAAGGAAAAGUUCAUAUUGAUUAUGGUGAUAUUGGUGCAUUACGAUCAUUGACACAAACAUUAUUGAAAAAAGAUUUUCAUUUAAAUGUUCAAAUACCCGAACAAAGACUGGUACCAACAUUGCCUAUGCGUUUGAAUUAUAUUCUUUGGAUCGAAGAUCUUCUUGAACAUUGUCGUUUAUGUUAUCAAAUCAAAGCGAUCGAUAUUGGUACUGGUUCGUGUGCCAUUUUUCCAUUAUUAGCAACAACUUUAAAUCCUGAAUGGAGAUUUAUUGCCACUGAAAUUGAUCCAAUUAAUUUGGAUUAUGCUAAUAAAAAUGUUCAAAAUAAUAAUUUGAAUAAUAGAAUCACAAUUUAUGAUAAUCAUAAUAUUGAUACAAUCUUCAAACAUCUCGUACAAAAUUGUCAUUUCACUUUUGUAAUGACUAAUCCACCGUUUUUCGAUGAUACGUUCAAUGAUUCAUUUGAAGAUAUUGCUACGAAACCAAAUGGCCAUAAAACAUCAUUUCAUUGGCGAAAAAUGAAUUCUGCAUCCACUGAUGAAGCUAUUUGUGAUGGUGGUGAACUUGCAUUCAUCAAACAAAUUAUGGAUGAAAGUUUUCAGACUAAAAAAUCAAUCGAUCUUUAUACGGUGAUGAUUGGCAGAAAGAAAACAUUUCUUGAAUUGAAAUGUUUGCUUAAAGAUAUGAUUGAAAAUAAAACAUUGGCCAGCUUUGCCCAUACUGAAUUAUGUCAAGGUAAUACAAAACGAUGGGCAUUAGCAUGGACUUUUGAUGAUCGAUACCAAUUAGCUAAUUCACCUAAAAUAAUUCAUUUAAAAUCAAAACCAUUGAUACAUUAUCUGAAUCCAAAUAUGAAAUGUUGUGAUUACGAUAUCCAAUCUAUUGGCAAUUUUAUUGAAAAUUUAUUAUUAAAUGAUUUACAUAUCGAACAAUUUCAGAUGAUCAAACUGAAUAAACGAAUCGAAUUUGAUAUUAAAUCGAAUGAAGCAAAUUGGAAAAAUCAACGCCGUAAACGAAGAGAAAAAUUAUUACAAGAAUCAAUGAAAACGAUGCAUAUAGAUACAGAUGUUUUUAUCGCCACCGGUAAACGGCCAUUAGAUAAUGAUCAGAAUAAUGGUGAUGGUCAGAAUUUGAAAAAAUUUUCUCAAUCAAAUGAAUUAUGUAAAGUAAAUCUAACAUAUUUAUUACAUUGUUCAUUGAUAAUCAAACGUGAUAAACAGGAUAUUGUGAUCAAAAUGGAAACAAAAGAAAUGUCACAGAACAAAUCUGCCACAUAUGAAUUGUUACAAUAUUUUAAAAAUAAAUUAACAUAAAAUUAAAA